AUCCCGUUUUCGCGCCAUUCGCAUGGCUCGGCAUUGUGGGAUAGCAUCAGGAGGUCAGCGGCGCCCCGGGUCAACUCCGUGUUUUAUCUAAACACCUUUCUUUGUACAUUAACGGAUUUUAACGGAUUCCAGCAAUGCGUGGAGAUGAAACGGAUUCGGAGUCCGUUAAAUCAGCCGAUGGUUCGAUUCGGAGCAAUCUCGAGGCGCUUUGUCAGGAGCUCAAUAUGGACGAAGAGACGGCAGCAGAAGCGCUUGAGAACUUCAGCUCCAUCUGGAACACUUACACGCUAGAGGGUGAUGUUGUUCACUGGCUGGCCUGCUCUCUGUAUGCUGCCUGUAGGAAGAGCUCCAUACCCACUGUGGGACGGGGUGUGAUGGAGGGCAACGGCGUUUCCCUUACAAGGAUCCUGCGCUCGGCGAAGCUCAGUUUGAUCCAGUUCUUCAGCAAGAUGAAGAAAUGGUCGGACAUGUCGAACCUCUCUCAGGAUUUCCGCAGCCGCAUAGGUCGACUGGAGCGCAAUUUCGAAGUGUCGACAGUGAUUUUCCGUAAAUUUGAGCCAAUAUUUCUGGACAUGUUUCAGAACCCUCAGGGUGAACCUCCCCGGCUGCCUAGAAGCCGCAAACACCGGCGUCUUCCAUGCCACAUCAGUGACGUCUUCAAGUUCUGUUGGACUCUCUUUGUGUAUACAAAAGGCAAUUUCCGUAUGAUUGGAGAUGACCUGGUCAACUCCUAUCACCUCCUGCUCUGCUGUCUGGACCUGGUGUUUUGCAAUGCCCUCAUGUGUUCCAACAAGAAAGAUCUCAUCAAUCAAUACUUCAGAGGACUGCCAAAGGACACAGAAAACUUGGAGGAAAUACCCUGUGUCAUUGACAAGUUGUGUGAGCUGCAUGAUGGGUUGGUGGUGGAGGCCAAAGGCAUAAAGGAGCACUACUUCAAACCCUACAUAAAGACACUGUUUGAGAAAAGAAUAUUAAAAGGUGAUGCUGAGACUCUGACUGAAUUACUGGAUACCCCAAAUUUCCAAGACAACAAUAAAGCCAUAAAUCGUGAGUAUGAGGAAUAUGUUUUGACUGUGGGGGAUUUUGAUGAGCGAGUGUUUUUGGGGGCCGACGCAGACGAGGAGAUCGGCACACCUCGCAAGACCACCGCUGAGCCUCCGUCAGGUCAAAUAUCCGCCCGCAUGCAGGUGGAGAACAACCUACAGCAGCACUUUGAGAAGACACGUUCCCUUGCUCCCUCUACGCCUCUAACGGGUCGACGGUAUCUGAAGGAGAAAGAGAUGCUGGUCACCCCCGUUUCCUCAGCUACCCAAAGUGUGAGUCGCCUGCAGAGCAUGGUGUCCGGCCUCCGAAACGCUCCAAGCGAUGCUCUGGUCCAAAUCUUUAAUUCCUGCUCUCGAAAUCCCACUGAAUCCGUUCUGAACCGAGUGAAGACCAUGGGAGAGAGGUUUAAACAGGCCUACAGCAAACCCACAGAUGACCUGCCAGGAGCACAUAUGGAUUUCGCAGAGAAUCGUCUGAAGCUGGCGGAGAUCUUGUACUUUAAGAUCCUGGAGAAUAUCUUGACUCAAGAGAUGAAGAGAUUACAAGGGAAAGACAUGGCGGUCCUGUUGGAGCAGGAGGUGCUCCAUUGCUCCCUGUUGGCGUGCUGUCUGGAGGUGGUGCUUUUUGCGUACAGCUCUCAAAGAACAUUCCCCUGGAUACUGGAAAUGUUUCAGAUCCCGCCAUUCUACUUUUACAAGGUGAUUGAGGUGUUCAUCCGCUCCGAGGAGGGUUUGUCCCGAGACAUGGUUAAGCAUUUGAACAGUAUAGAGGAGCAGGUGCUGGAAAGCAAAGCCUGGACCAGAGAUUCGGCCCUGUGGACAGCACUCGGUAACGCUAAUAAUAAAGUCCCCACUGUAGAAGAGGUGAAUUUUCCCAGUAAUUUUGACACGGGCAACAAUGCAUGCGGUCCCACUCACCUCCCAUUGGUGGCGCUAUCCCCCAUCAUCCACCCUCGCAUCCGGGAGGUCCGCACAGGCCUGGGCUCCAGCGCACGCAAAGACUUCCCUCAGUCUCCCAUCUCUCUCCACGACCGAUACAGCUCACCUGCAGCCGGCAGCGCCAAGAGACGCUUGUUUGGUGACGAUCUUCCACCGCAGUCCCCAGUGAAAAGAAUCUCAGUUACUCCCAUCAAAAUCAUUCCCAACACCAUAGAAAACAACCUGAAUACCACAACAACUGUCUUCUCCAUGGCCACCGGAAACGGCCAGCAGCUCACCAUUCCACUGCCGGUGGUAAAGAACGAGAUGGGCGGCAUCACAGUCAUCCAACUUCAGGCCAGUGAUAUGAACCCCCUCACUGCUCAAGUCUUACUGACCGCCUCCCCCAGCCGAACCGCAGCUCUACCCUCCAGCUCUGACACACAGCCACCGGCCGUCAACAGACCUCGCCGCACAGGAUCCCUCGCUCUCUUCUUCAGGAAGGUGUAUCAUUUGGCCAGCGUGCGUCUGCGAGACCUGUGUCUGAAGCUGGAUAUCUCAUCAGAGCUGCGAGGGAAGAUCUGGACGUGUUUUGAGCACUCACUGCUGCACUGCACUGACCUGAUGAAGGACAGGCACCUGGACCAGCUGCUGCUCUGUGCCGUCUACAUUAUAUCAAAGAUCACAAAAGAAGAGAACACUUUUCAGGACAUUAUGAAAUGCUACCGAACCCAACCUCAAGCCAACAGUCACGUGUACCGCAGUGUUUUACUGAAGAGGCGUCCCAGAGAGCAGCAUACAGAUGAGAACAUGGAAGUGGAUCCACCGGCAGAACAGUCCAAUGAGAGGACAGAACAGGCAAACACAACAGAGGCUGACAGCGAAUCAGAGGAAAGAGGAGACCUCAUACAGUUCUACAACUCCGUUUACGUAAUGAAGAUGAAAUCAUUCGCUCUCAAAUAUGCACAUUCCACACUUGAUAACAAGAUGGAGGCUCCUCCAUUAUCUCCGUUUCCAUCGGUUCGCGCUCAGCCUCUCUCUCCUCGCCGUGUUUCUCAGAGACACUCCAUUUUUGUCUCUCCUCAUAAAAACGUCUCAAGUCUCACACCCAGUACUGCAUACACGUACAAGUUCACUGGCAGCCCAUCAAAGGAGCUGAGUGACAUAAACCAGAUGAUCCGUCAGGGUGGGGUGAGCAAGAAGCGGGCAUUCACCAUGGAAGGCGAUGAGACUGAGUCUCCAUCUAAAUGCCUGCGGCAAGAGAACGACGAUGUGCUGCUCAAACGCCUACAGGAUGUGGUCAGCGAGAGAGCGAGUCUCUGAGCUGUGGCUCCUUACAGACCCAAAAUAAAGCCAAAAACUCUUCCUAUGUGCUGCUCAACGACUCCAGGAUGUACAGAGAGAUGAGACAACAAUCAGUCUCUUAUCUGUUCAGAAUCGAGCACAUUAAUUAUGUCACCGAACAAUAGCAAAGCCAAAAACCAUCACGCUUUAUCAUGACAGAUUUUAUUUUAUUUUUUUAAAUAUCACACCAGGAUUUCGGGAAUAUCAGGGAGAUUGGUAUAAACUUAAUUGAUUUAUACCGAAUCACGUAUCAUGUUUUUCAUGAUGCUCAUCAUGCUUUCAUAAUGAAUCAUUUCUUACCUUAUUACAGAGAUAUUCUGUAGCUGUUGUUUUCUCAAUCAAGUGUCACAUGACUAUCAUUUUUGUAGUAGAAUCUCUCAUAAUCUCCCAGAUAUAUUAGUGAUUUGUAUUUUAUUUUAAUCCGGUUAUUUACUGGCACAAUGCACUGGGCAAAUUUAAUCUUUUUUUAAUUUUUGUGUGUUUUUUGGUGAACCUGCCAAUGGUAAUUAUCAAAGUUUUGCAAGCAUUCUGCAGAUCCUCUGUGCAGCUUUAUAUUCAGAUGUGUGGUAUCUACACCUCUCAAUUAAUUGUAAUAUUUCUCUUUAAAGUUUCAUGUAUUUUCUCAAAACAGUGUUCUGUUUCCUGAAAUGGUCAUGUUUACAGUGCAUUUAACAUUUUAGAUGUUAAAUUUGGUGGAUUUUUCCAUCUUCUUGCUUAUGUGGUGUACAAAUAACUUUUUCUACACUUUGUUUAACAGUGAUACAGGUAUAAUUGCAUUAUUUUAUUGACAUUUAUUGGUCACAUGCUCAAUGAGGUGGAAGUGAAAUGUUUUCUUUGAAUCAUGUGACCAGUGCUAUAGCUAGCUGUAUCUGUAUUUCUCAGAAUUGUCGGUUAAUUUGGGAUUGCAGUUUUAUUCUUGUACAAAUGUUUAUUUUAUCCAUUAUGUUCUUUUGCCUUCAUCUGACUCUAUCUCUGAUGUCCAACACUGAUCUCUUUGCAGUUGGUGCUUUGUAUAUUCUCUGAAAUACCUUUUAUGUUUGUUUAUACAAACUCCAUAUUUUAAGCUUAGAAAUAAUUUUCCACAAAACAAUGCUUUUGUACUUUUUUUUACAUCGACUGUUUGUAAUUUAGCUUUUUUGUAAUUGUUGGUUUGAUCAGUCAGCUGUUGGUCAGUUCUGCAGAGUGCCUUAGCAUGUACAUAACAAUAAAACUUUUAUCAAUUCUCAAAGAA